GGAGAUGCUUGGAGACAAGCAGCAAGCCCGGGCCAUGGCCCAACUGGCCGUCAACAACGCCCAGGAGGCGAUCGCGGCGGUGCGCGAACGAGGGAAGGAUGUAGUAGCAUUGGAUGUUGAUGCCACCUCAAGGUUAGUGGACGUGCCCAGUGGCGGCUCUUGCCCGCCAAGUCCGCCACGGGUCGACAGCGUGGAACGUUUGCGUAGCGAAUUGGACUACUGGCGUCAGAUGGCUCUUAGCCUUCAGAGGCAGAUGCAAAAGCCAGGUCGAAGAAGUUCCAAGGCAACGCCCGAAACUUGCAGCUCUUCUAGAAGGUCCGAAAGUGAAGAGCACAGGCUUUGGGGUGAAGGUGGCUCAGACAGCGCCUGCGGACGUUCCCCAAAAAAGAGUCAGGAGGCGGCUCCCUCUGAGACGCCUCAGCGGCGCCCAAAUCCUCCGCAUCGGCCGUUCACCGUGGCGUAGCGAGGGGAGUUAUGGCUGUCGUCAUGGGGGGUCACGGAUCACAUAGAAACAUCGUCAUCCUGGAUUAGAUAGAUUAG